ACCCCUAGAAACUUCGCUGUAGACGUGGGUAUUGACGCCUGGCUCACCCCGGGAGCCGAGGCAGUGCAGGGGCCUCGGUUCUCAGCCCCCAGCUGGGCCACCAUGGCGCGGCGGCUCCAGGACGAGCUGGCCGCCUUCUUCUUCGAGUACGACACUCCCCGAAUGGUGCUUGUGCGCAACAAGAAGGUGGGCGUCGUUUUCCGCCUGAUCCAGCUCGUGGUUCUGGUCUACGUCAUUGGGUGGGUGUUUGUCUAUGAGAAGGGCUACCAGACCUCGAGUGGCCUCAUCAGCAGCGUGUCUGUGAAACUCAAGGGUCUGGCUGUGACGAAGCUGCCAAGCCUGGGCCCUCAGGUCUGGGACGUGGCUGAUUACGUCUUCCCGGCCCAGGGGGACAGCUCCUUUGUGGUCAUGACCAAUUUUAUCGCCACCCCCCGGCAGGCCAAAGGCCACUGUGCAGAGAACCCGGAAGGGGGCACGUGCACGAAUAAUAGUGGCUGCACCCCGGGAAAGGCAGAAAGGAAGGCCCAAGGCAUCCGCACAGGCAAGUGUGUGGCCUUCAACGACAUCGUGCAUACGUGUGAGAUCUUUGGCUGGUGCCCCGUGGAGGUGGAUGACAACAUCCCAUGCCCUGCCCUUCUCCGAGAGGCCGAGAACUUCACUCUCUUCAUCAAGAACAGCAUCAGCUUUCCACGCUUCAAGGUCACCAGGCGCAACCUGGUGGAGGAGGUGGAUGCCGCCUACAUGAAGACCUGCCUCUAUCACAAGACCUUGCACCCACUGUGCCCAGUUUUCAAGCUCGGCUAUGUGGUACAAGAGUCAGGCCAGAAUUUUAGCACCUUGGCCGAGAAGGGCGGGGUGGUAGGCAUCACCAUCGACUGGCACUGUGACCUGGACUGGCAUGUGCGACACUGCAAACCCGUCUAUGAGUUCCACGGGCUGUAUGAAGAGAAAAACCUGUCUCGAGGCUUCAACUUCAGGUUUGCCAGGCACUUCGUGGAGAAUGGGACCAACUACCGGCACCUCUUCAAGGUGUUUGGGAUUCGCUUUGACAUCCUCGUGGACGGCAAGGCUGGCAAGUUUGACAUCAUCCCCACCAUGACUACCAUUGGCUCUGGGAUUGGCAUCUUUGGGGUGGCCACGGUCCUCUGUGACCUGUUGCUGCUCCACAUCCUGCCCAAGAGGCAUUACUACAAGCAGAAGAAGUUCAAGUACGCGGAGGACACGGGGCCAGGGACGAUCUACCUGCUUGUGCACCUCCUGUCCCUCCUUCCCUCCCGAGUGAGCAGAGGAUUCCUCCUCGAAAAUCACACCUCACCCAGCCUGGAGGCUGCCUCUCCUCUCUCCCGCUCCUCUUCUGCCUCCUCGCAGCCCACAUUUCCCUGCUGCUCUGCCUGCUCUCCGUUCACUGCCACCAGCAUUCCAGAAAGAACAGUCUACACUUCCCUCUGGGUCUCACCCUCUACAAUUGGCCUCCAGCCCCUACCCCCACUUCUAGAUGCCCUUGCCAAGGUUACCGGUGGGUCCUUCUUGCCAAAUCCAAGCGGACACUUCAGCCCAUAUCCUGCUCAGCCUAUCAGCCUCUGACACUGUUGGCUGAGCCCUCCUUUGUUGAAAGAUUUCCUUCCAGCAGCUCCUAGGACCCACCCUCUCCAGAUUUUCCAGCCAGCCUGGGGUGUAGGGAUAAGAUAGUUUUCAACUGCAACUCUGUCACAGUGUGUCCUUGGGUAAGUUGCUUAACUCUCCAAGCCUCCUCUGUGAGUCAGGGAUAAUAAUAGCCUCUACUCAGGUUGGGGUAAGAUAAGGUGCAUAAAGUACCUAGCACAGAGCCUGGCACGCAGGACUGCUCUGCCCCUGCCUCUAUCCUCUCUUUCAAUGGCGGAGUCAGCUAGCUGUCCCCAGGUUCUUGGCUGGGUAUGUGGCUGCCUAGAAUGGAAGCUGCAUUUCCCAACCUCCUCUUGCAGCUCGGUCUGGUCAUGUGACUGUUAUAGCUAAUUGGAUGUAUGUGGAAGUGUCAUGUGAUGCCUUCUGGGAACUUUCCUUAAAAGAGAGCUGGUGCAGAUCCUUUGCCCUCUUCUUCUUCAUCCUUGUCUCCAUCCCACUGCCUGGAAUGUGUAUAUGAUGGUUGGAGCUCCAGCCACCAUCCUGAAUCACGAGGACAAGAGUCAAAUCCAGAAGUGGCUGGAGUACUGAGUGGAAGGAGCCACAUCUGGGAGCUCUUUGUGGAGCACAGCUGACAUACUGUUACCCCAAAACUGGGUUCACCUUCUGGUGGGUGUUGAGCCAAAAGACACAACCAAGCCAAAGAGUGGGAGAAGGAGGCACUUAUUACUUGAGGAAAGUAAGGAGAACAGUGGGGAUCUUUCCCAAAGCAGUGUCUCCCCUAAUGGCAAAGUUGGGGAGGUGUUAAGCUACGGGUACAUGCACAUUCGUGAAGAGGCUUGGGCAGUGUACGCAUCAUAGAAUUGGGGCAAAGGUUGACAGAAGCGUCAGAAAAGAUCAACAUCAUCCCUCAGGUUCUAGUUGAUCUGGUGGUUGAAGGGGGGUUAAAUUCUGCAAAAGAGCUCUUUUAAGAAAGUACUUCAGGCUAAUCUGAAGUACUCAAACAGAACUGGAAGUCUUUACAACUGCUAUAUUAUCUUUGCUAUUGUUAUUUCUCCACCUGAUAACAGCUGUGUGUUCCUGCAUUCUUUUGUUCCCUUAUGAUCAUUAAUUACUGAGACCUGUUCAAGGACAAGCAUUGUGGCCAGGCUUAGAUGACAAAAACGGCUUAGUCUGAAAAUGGCUUCUCUUAUGUCAAAAUGCUACAUCUGGUUCUUUUCCUCGGGGACCCCCUACCCCAUCUGCUUACAAUACCAGCCCAGGACUGUCUUCCCAGAGGCUCUUACAUGGAAUUUCUGUUAUCUAAGUCAAAACUGAUCCUACCUGGUACAGAAGGUUUUCCCCCUAAAAGCAAGUGUUCUGUCCUCAGCCCCUGUUUAUUUGCCCUAAAGUUAUCUCAGCCUUUCCCAUGGCCCUACUAUGGGUCCCUUAGGACAACUCCCAAAACUGUCUCACUGGCCCAGCCCUCUUUCCUGAACUCCAACCACACACAUCCAACCCCCUAAUUGCCAUAUCCAAUUAAUUAUUCAUUCGACAAACAUCUUUUAAGCAACGUGUCAGGC